UUCGGUGAAAUUCCGGAGAAGCACCGCGUCUCAUCAACAUCAUCCUCCUCACUCGCUUACUUCCUUACCCUUACGAAGCCUCCAAAUCUCCUCUGCUUCCAUCAUUAUUUCCUGGGUCUGCUUAAUUUUUUGUUCCUUAUCACUCUGAUCGACAGACCUGUAUCAUUUCAUAAACAUUUGACAAAAGCUAUGGAUGCUGAUUCUUCUUGGGCUGCUCGUCUUUCAUCUGCCUCUAAGCGUUACCAGUCCGCUCUUCAAUCCCGAUCAGAUAUGUUCAUGGGUUUUGACGAAAAUGACGGAGAUGAUGAUAUAAGGGAGGAGUUUCUGUGCCCUUUUUGUUCCGAGUAUUUUGAUAUUGUUGGAUUAUGCUGCCACAUUGACGAGGAACAUCCCAUGGAGGCAAAAAAGGGGGUAUGUCCAGUUUGUGCAUUGACGGUGGGGUUUGAUAUGGUUGCACACAUAACGCUACAACAUGGAAGCAUAUUCAAGAUGCAGCGUAAGAGGAAAUCACGAAAAGGUGGAUCUUAUUCAACACUAUCUCUGUUGAGGAAGGAGCUGCGAGAAGGAAAUUUACAAUCCCUUUUUGGCGGAUCCUCAUGUACAGUGUCCUCUUCUAAUGCAGCUGCCGAUCCGUUGUUGGCAUCAUUUAUAUUGCCUGUAGCUGAUGAACUGGCGAGUUCUCAGCCCCGCUUUCCUACUGAAUCAAGGUCAACCAAGAAAAUCUCAGAUGAAAAUGUUUCAAGACGAAAUGUUGAGACAUCUCCCUUGUCAGUCAAGGAUAAGGAAGAGAGGGCAAAAAGAUGUGAGUUUGUUCAAGGGCUGUUGCUGUCCACCAUAUUUGAUGACAAUUUAUGAAGUUCUUCAUGAUGGUUGAUCAACGCACUUUAAAACAGAUGGCUUACCUGCAACUUAUGGUUUGUCUGGUGACGUUGUCAAGGCAUUUAAUGAGAUGGAAUAAUGAUAUGAGUGUAAUUUAUGUUGUAUGUGAACUGAUGUUUUCUCUUCCUUGUGAUCCUUUAAUAGUAGGUCAUAAAAGCUUCAAUGGGAAAGAACUUGUUCCUUCCAUUCUAACGAAGUGAACGUUUAUGAAAGCAAGAACUGACGUAUAUACUUGUGGGUUACAAGGAACUAAUGUAAAGGAUCUUGUUUAUGCA